AUGAUUUUACAUUGGGAAUUCCAGCUGACACGGACACAAUAUUCUCUCAAAAUACAAUGGGUCGAAAAGGCUUUCAGGCGGGGUCGGAGAUCUGUGGAAACGGCUCCUAUCACAGGGCGACCCCCGUCUGCCAUUGAUGAGGACACCAUCCAUCAAGUGGAGUUAUCUGUUCCCAGGGAGGAACAUCACGCUCGGGAGAGGGAAGAACCAAGUCUAUUCGUGAGCGUCAUGGCCAGAUAUAGUGUGAUGAAGAUUUUUGCCUUGGCGCUGAUCGCAGCCGCAGCAGGACUGCCCCAAGGAGUCAGCGUGGGGCCUCCGGCGCAAGCCAAAGCACCGGCGGCCCAGGCCAGCCUCGGUCCGCAGCUGCCUCUCGCCCGGCCGCAGAACCACUUCUACCCCGGUGCGGACGCGCUGAACAACCCUCACGUGCCUUACCCCCUGUCCUUCCGCCUGACGAACGGCAUCGGAAAUGCCCUCCAGGCCACUGAGUUUCACCUCGGCGGUGUUCCUCUGCCCAUGAAUCAGCAUCCCAUUGGCUCGUCCGCUGCUCUUAGCUCUGCUGCCCAUGCUCCGUUCACUCCGGCAGGGCCUAUGUUUGCUCAGUCUGCCCCUGCUUCCCAUGGUCAUUUAGCUAAAGCUCCCAUAUCUCCAGCUACCCAUGCCCCUCUCGCGCCAUCUGCCCCCCUCGCGCCAGCUGCCCCUGCCCCCCUCGCGCCAUCUGCCUCCCUCGCGCCAGCUGCUCCCUUCGCGCCAGCUGCCCUUGCCUCCCUCGCGCCAGCUGCCCCUGCUCCCCUCGCGCCAGCGGCCCCUGCCCCCCUCGCGCCAGCCGCCCCUGCCCCCCUCACCCCAACUGGCUUAGAAUUCUAUAAUCCGACCCUACAGCCAUCGCUCGCCUCCACGGCAGCCUCUCCCACCAUCGUCCCCAAAGCGAACGCCCUCACCAAGAGCGCGCUCCCGUCCUCUACAGCGCCUAUGAUGGUCCUGAACCUCCAAGAAUUUGCGAACAAGCCAGGAACGACGAGCGGCACCUCCCCUCACCUGCCUUUUAUUGUGAUCGUCCCCAAAGACUUCGCUCUGCAAAAUCCUGCGCCAAAGGCAGCGUCACCCGCAGUCCGACCGCAAAGAUCAGUCCUUCACUCGUCCGUCUAUAACACUGAUGCAGGUUUUGCGUCGGCACUGCAGCAGCAAAGAGCAUCGACCGACACCGACUUUAGUACCAAGGACUACCACUCACUGUCAGCAACAACUGACUACUUCUCAGACAGUAUCCUUGCAGCCUUAAGUCAAGCGGCCCCUGAAAACACUCAAAGAAGAUACGUGUACGCAGCGGCGUCCCAGUGA